AUGUCUGCGGAGCGUGCUAUAGGUAGUACGAUUACCCUCAUUACCAACAGCCUGAUCCGCUACGAGGGUACUUUGGGGCAAAUCGAUGGACCCAAUAAUACCGUCAGCCUAACAAAUGUGCGUGUGUUCGGCACGGAGGGGCGCGGCGAGGAGGCGGGGUUGGCACAAAUUCCUCCUGCUGACCAACUUUUUGACCAGAUUGUCUUUCGCGGAUCUGACAUCAAGGAGCUGACUGUAUUUGAGGAGCCUCAUAAUGCCAUGAUGGACCCAGCUAUUGUGACGGCACUGCCUGCUCGCAACCCUCCGUCUAAGAUGACGUCUACGCAGCAGCGCAGUGGUCCUUCAGCUGGUCAUGCCCACCCACAGCAGCAGCAGCAGCAGCAGCAGCAUCAUCAUCAUCAACCACAUCACCAGCAGCAACGUUACGGCGGCGGUGGUUACCGUCGUGGUGGUGGUGGUAGCGGUUAUCGCGGUGCGCGUCGUGCGGAUGGGCACACGGGACAGGAUUUCCGACCUGCUACAGGGGCUGCGAAGGAGGAGUUCAAGGACGACUUUGACUUUACAAAGAGCCGAGAGGAGUUUGAGAAGAAGAAGAACGAGUUUGAAAAGGCCAAGGAGGACGCCAAGACUCAUAGCAAGGUCUAUGACAGGAGCAGCUUUUUUGACAAGAUAUCUUGCGACCAGCAAGAUCGUAUUGUUCGGCUGGACCGUGAGGGAAUGAAAAGAGCCGACGCAGAGACGUUCGGCAGCGAGAUGGUUGGCAAUAUGCGUGGCCCACGCCGUGGGCGCGGUGGACGUGGCCGCUACAAUGGCCGCUAUAAUUGA